AUGGCGACAGUCCAACAACUUCAUCCUGGCGCGACAAUGUCGGCUACCGAUAUAGACAUUGAUCGGUCCUCGCGCUCGUCACCCACAAACGGAAUGAAGACUACCAGCGGAUUGCAAAAGGGUGAUACCAGAACGGUGGUCAUUAUAUACGGCCCUGGACAAGAUAGCAUAGUUUCCGUCUUCGCUGACGUCCUGGGCAAGCCUUACCGGAUGGCCGACAGCUUCCAAGGCAUAACGUCUUUAGAACAAGAACUUGUACUUGGAAUAUCACUCGAAAGCGCCAAAAUCGACAUUUCUUCGCGAAAUCGAGAUGCCAUGGUUGCGAUAAACGCUCACUGUAUUAAUCUCGGAAUGCCCCCGGAUAUCUAUAUAUCCGCCCAAUGCGACUAUGAAUUCUUAUAUCCCGAAAAGCCCUUCUCCCGUCGGGACUUGGCUCGGUUCAUCUCCUUCACUCUUGGCCAGAUCAAUCAUCAUGAUUCACUUAUGUCAAAACCACGCACUUAUUUCAUUUCAACCACCUUUCCUGAUGUCCGGGCUGCACUCCCUAAUAUAGAUAUUCUCACGGUCGGCGCUGAUGCUGUAGAACUACGUGUUGAUCUUCUCAAGGAACCUUUGAGUGAUGGAGGCUUCGCGGCGAUACCAAGUCUAAGUUACGUCGGCGAGCAGGUGAUGCUGCUGCGCCAGAGAACUGAACUGCCCAUCAUCUUCACCACGAGGUGUACGAGAGAAAAUGGCCGUUUCCCUAUGGAUAAUCCCGACCUGUACUACGAUUAUCUCUUCCGAGCCAUUCAAUGGGGUGUCGAAUAUAUCGACGUUGAGCUUUGGUUACCGGAACAUAUCCGUCGAAAACUAUAUGAGAAACGUGGCAGUAGUCGCAUUAUGUCCGCUUUCCACGACUUCUCUGGCACUUUCAAAUGGCCCUCCCCUCAGGCAGAAUCCAUCUUCCUCGAGUCCCGAAAAUACGCUGAUAUCAUAAAGAUGAUAUCAAUUAUCAAUGAUCAAAACGAGAAUUUUGAACUGGAAUAUUUCCGUUCUAAAAUUCGAGCCGAGUACCCGGGUUCGCCCCCUCUUUCCGCUGUCAACAUGGGGGAAACUGGCCAGAUUUCAAGAACACUCAAUAAAGUCUUCACGCCCAUCACCCACCCUCUCCUUCCGAUCAUUGCUGCGCCAGGUCAGCUGAGUGCUGCCGAAAUCAACGCUGCCUUGUCAACGCUUGGCCAGCUUCCGAAGAAGAGCAUCUACGGAAUUAGCAGUCCAUUCUCUCGUAUCGCAACACCUUACGCGCCUUUUUAUGAAAAGUGCUUCAAUGAGCUUGGUUUGCCUCACCAAUUUGCCGUUAUGGAAAGACAUUCAAAAGGCCCCAAUUGUGUAGAAGCCCUGUGCAACCAAAAAUUCUUCGGAGGGGCAUAUCUAAGUCCGUCGGUAUCCCUAACGAGUCUUAUGCAAAAUAGUUCCUUCUUCGAAAGCCUCAAUAAUGGGUCUGGACCAACACUUACUGAAGCAGCCCGUACGAUUGGCAUGGUUGAUACAAUUGUUGUCCAAUCCGGGUCAUCGUCCCCGUCACCUUCAGCCCCUCCUAUGACACCUUCAAGUUCUAAUCUCAGCACCGACACAUCUCUUGGCUCCGGAGCAAAUACCGUUGAAGGACUACCUCCAAAUUCCUCUUUGGUAUUUGACAACGCAAAUUGGCGUGGCAUCGUCAGUACAUUGACGCGCGACCUUGCGCCAUCUGCUUACUCUGGCCGCGCCGCGGUUGUCCUCGCCACAAAUGCAGACGAUGCGGCGGCUGCCAUGUAUGCACUGAGGGCGCUUCGCAUUGGCAAGGUGUACACGGCAGGGUUCAAGACACCUGUUAGUCUGACUCGCGGUCUUGAAGUUGAACCCUUUAACAGCUUAGAGGGUCUCCAACAAGCGAGAAUAGUACGUAAUAGUCCAUUCGUGAUUAUCUCUGCCUUGGGGCCUGAGAAAUCCAAUAUCGUGGGAAUGCUUGUACGCGUAUUUGGGGGAUCGCGGGGCUCCUCGACACAAAUUCGCAAGGUUUUCCUAGAUCUUGCGGAUGGUCCAAGGAAAGGGGACCCUAGCAUAGUCGCAGAGCAGAGUGGCUUCGCGGCGUAUGGCGUGGCCGAUACGACGGCCUUCACCACCGUGGAAACUCUAAGAUUGCUCGUUGGCCAGAAUGUGCCGUACAGCUUUGUACGGCUAGCGAAUGGCCAGGGAAUGUUUUAA